CCAAAAUGUCGGGCCUCAAAGUUGGUGAACAGUUCCCCCAGGACGUUGUCUUCUCUUACGUUCCUUACACUGAAGAGAAGUCCGACAUCACUGCUUGCGGCAUCCCCCAGAACUACAACGCAAGCAAGGAAUUCGCCGGCAAGAAGGUCGUUCUCUUCUCUGUCCCUGGUGCUUUCACGCCUGGCUGCUCUGCACGCCACCUGCCCGGUUACAUUGAGCACCUCAAGGAUUUCAAGAGCAAGGGCGUCGACAUUGUCGCCGUCAUUGCCUUCAACGACGCCUGGGUUAUGAGCGCCUGGGGUAAGGCCAAUGGCAUCAAGGGAGACGACAUUCUUUUCCUCUCCGACCCUGACGCCAAGUUCUCCUCGAGCAUCGGCUGGACGGCUGGUCCCCGUACUGCCCGCUACGCUCUCGCUCUUGACAACAACAAGGUUAUCUAUGCUGAGAAAGAACCCGCUCCUGGCGAAGUCACGGUCUCUGGCGCCGAGGCUGUCCUCGCCAAGCUCUAAAUACCUUCUGUAAGACGCGUGGUACCACCCAACUCUGGAACAAUUGAAUGCGUACUCGAAGCUUCGCCUUUGUUCUACUCUUCAUCGGAUGCGGGGACCAGAGAUAGAGGCUGCCAUCACAAAGAUACAAUAGCUAGCUGAUGAUAGAUGAGAAUCAUGAAUUAUAAUUUAACGAUCAACACGCAAUCUUUAACCAGCUUUCUGCGGUGAUGUUGGCGUUUGGGGU